AUGGGAACUUCCUAUAAUUUGUCGGAAAAGCUUGGGUUACACAAGAUGAUCAUGAAGGUAAAAUCCUCCAAGGCUUUAGUGAUAAGAUUCAAUGUUGUCCUCUUUGGUUUCUUUGUAGUUGGAAAUUGCACUCUUCUCCUCCUGUGGUCAUUCCCUCAGUUGUAUCAAGAUAAAGUCGUGUCGUCGUCACUCGUAAGGUGCUCCUUACGAGGAUGCCAUCAAAAGGCAGAAAGUGGUGUCGAAAUGAAAGCAAUCUUAGAAGAGCAAGGACAAAAUGAAAUGAUAAGUCCUAAGAAGAGUAUAGUAAGGAGAGGAAAACCAAGAUUCUUGAAGGAGAUGGGAAUAAGAGGAAUACAAAUUGGCGCGAUAAAUAUGGAAGAUGAAGAUCUUAGUGAAUGGGAAACACAUGGAGAUACAAUAUUAAAAGUUCCAUUUGAGAAGGUCUCAUAUCUUUUCGAGUGGAAGCACCUCUUCCCAGAAUGGAUCGAUGAAGAGAAAGAAAACGAAGGUUAUCUAUGUCCGGAAGUACCUAUGCCUAUGUUCGAAGAGUAUGGAAAUUUCGAUAUGGUUGUGGCUAACUUGCCUUGUAAUUUCCCGGAGAAAGGAUGGGCAAGGAACAUGUUUAAGCUGCAAGUUCAUUUGAUAGUCGCGAAUAUGGUGGUGAAGAAGGGGAGGAGGAAUUGGUAUGGGAGGACAAAGGUGUUGUUGUUGAGCAAAUGUAGGCCAAUGUUGGAUAUUUUUAGGUGUGACGAUUUGGUAAGGAGAGAAGAAGAUUGGUGGUACUAUGAGCCAGACAUUAUAAAGCUUGCGGAGAAAGUUAAUUUGCCUGUGGGUACAUGUAGGCUAGCUUUGCCCUUGUGGGGACAAGGGGUGAACGAGGUGUAUGAUGUACCAAAUGUAGAAAAACCAACAAAACGAGAAGCCUAUGCAACAGUACUACACUCCUCUGAAAUAUAUGUAUGUGGUGCAAUCACUCUAGCACAAAGCCUCCUUCAAACAGACACCAAAAGAGAUCUAGUUAUACUUAUCGAUAAAUCCAUCUCCCUUCCCAAGCAAGAGGCUCUUGUCGCUGCUGGUUGGAAGAUUCAACUCAUAAAACGCAUUCGAAACCCUCUAGCCAAGAAAGGCAGCUACAACGAGUACAACUACUCCAAAUUUAGACUUUGGCAACUUACAGACUAUGACAAGUUAGUCUUCAUUGACUCUGAUAUUGUCGUGCUUCGUAACAUUGACCUUAUCUUCCAUUUUCCACAAAUAUCCGCGACAGGCAAUGCUAACUACAAAUUCAACUCCGGAAUCAUGGUAAUCGAACCUUCAAAUUGUACGUUUAAUACACUUAUGGGGCUUCGAAAGGAAAUCACUUCUUACAACGGAGGCGACCAAGGGUUUUUAAAUGAAGUUUUUGUGUGGUGGCAUCGCCUCCCUAAACGGGUGAACUUUUUAAAGUAUUUUUGGUCUAAUUCUUCGCUGGCAAGGAAUGUAACUAACCACUUGUUUGGUUCCGAUCCGCCUAAGUUGUACUCGAUACACUACUUGGGGUUGAAGCCAUGGCUAUGUUAUAGAGAUUAUGACUGUAAUUGGGAUGUCGCCGAUCAACAUAUUUAUGCGAGUGAUGUGGCGCACAUGAGAUGGUGGAAGUUGUAUGAUUCCAUGGAUGUUAAGUUACAGAGGUUUUGUGAGCUUACUAAGCUAAGGAAGAGGGAUUUGGAAUGGGAUAGAAAUAAAGCCUACAAGUUCCAAAUUAAUGGCGAUCAUUGGAAGAUUAAUAUUACUGAUAAUAGAUGA